AUGUUAAGAGUUAUUUAUUCUCGUCCGGUUUUGUUUAAUACAUUGAUUAGAAAAACACGUCAACUAACUGUAUUAUAUCGUCCUUUAUCCGCAGAAACAUUACCAAUUCAUCAUGAAAUUGAUGAUGAUCACCAUCAUCAUCGUUUUGAAAUAGCUGCACCACAUUAUGAACUUCUUGAGGUGCUUGGUCAUCGUUCAUCACAAUUACAAUCGACUCGUACACCUCGACCAACUCGAUCUCGAUCGACUAAUUCUCGUAAAAAACAAAGUAAUAGUAAUAUUGAAUCAAAAACAGAUCAAGAUGAACAACCUAUUAAAUUAGCUCAACCAAAACCCAUUACAUCUCAACCGCUUCCAAUUCCACCAAAUCGUAUAACUGAAUUAAGUCAAAAACUUCAUCUUACUACAUCUACAAAAAAUCAACCAUCACUUUCUACAUCAAGUAGUUUAUAUGAUGAAACUCUACUUGUCGAAGAAGAACAAGACGAUCAUCAAAUGAAUGAAUUAUUAAUUUCAUCACCAAUUGAAGAAUUAUUUUUUACUGAUGAUGAUAAAGCUUUGAAUGAAUUAUUAAGUAGUUUACAUUCUACUAGAGUACGUCGUAUGCAUAAAUAUACCGAUGAACAAUUAAGUUUUAUGCAUAAACAUAAUGAAUUUAAUCGUAUGUUACAAUCUUAUGUUGAUGUAUCGAUAUAUAAUGGAAAAUUAAAUAAAGUUCGUCGAUUACUUGAUGAUCUCUUAAGUGAUCAAGAAAAAAGACAUUCAGUGAAACGUUUAUCAUGGCGUUAUGUAUCAAAUAUUCAUGUUUAUAAUACAUUUUUUUUUGCUUAUGCAGAAAAGGGUAAUCUUGUAGCAUUACAAAAACUAUUCGAAAAAAUGCGUAAAUACCAAGUAAAACCAACACUUGAAUCUUAUGCAGCUGUAUUAUGUUGUCUUGGUAAUAUGGAUUUAUUUGAUUCAAGUAUAGCUCGAAGAAUUAUACUCGAUCUUGAAAAUCAAGGUUUUCGAGUUGUUGAUAUAUUUAAUCUCGAUUGUCUCAAUCAUGAAGAUAUACAAAGAAUUUUAAAAGUCUUGAAAACAUUUCGACCAGAUUUUGAUAUUCCAAUUCGUCCAUCAACUGUUAAUAAUAAACUAUUGAAUCAUAUAUACAAACAACAACCUCCAACCAUCGAAGAUCAAUCGAUACAAAUAGAACCAUGGUGGAAAAAAGUCGAUUUAAUUAGUAAAUUAAAUGAUCAAAUAGAUGUUGAAAUAAAUCAAAAAGCUAAAGUACAAUCGAUUAAUUCAUUAAAAACCAUCGAUCCAAAAUUGUUAGCAAGACAUGACAAUUUUAAAACAGAUCUUCAAAAUCAAUUAACGCUAGGAUUUGCAACUGAACUUGAAGUAUUAAAAAAAACAACAAUAGAAAAAGAUUUGAAAUUAGAUAUAAUUCCAUUUCUUGAAAUAUUCGAUGUUCAUGAUUAUGUUGAUUUAAUGUCAAAAGAAGCAGAUCGACAUUUUUAUGGAUCCGAUUUUUAUUCACUACCAUUUACGAGUCUUUGUAUAGGACUUGGAAAACAAGUAUAUCAAAAAUAUCUAUGUACAGUUCGACAAAAAAGUGGAUUUAUUGAUAAAUUACGUCUUGUAUAUAAUGAAUAUAUGAGUCAUGUUGUAACAAAUGAUCGUUUUAUUGUUAAUGAAAGAGAAAAAUGGAAUGAAAUUGUUAAAGAUAAAUUUGCUUAUAUGGAUCGUAGUGAUCGACCAUGGUCAUAUACACAAAUAUUACAGAUUGGAGAAUUUCUCUAUGGUGUUAUGUUAAAACAUCUAAAACUUCAAGUACCAUUACUUACGCAAAAACGUCAAAUAGAAAAGAAAAAAGGUGAAGAUUCACUUUUUUAUAUUGUUUAUCGAACUCCGGGUAAAUUUACUGAAAAACAACUCAAAGUUCAUCCAACUGUUCUACAUUUCUUUUCACAUAUUCCUCAAACUGAACUCGAAUUUGAUUGUAGUGAAUUACCAGCUCUUGUUCCUCCACUUCCAUGGUUAUCAUGUUCAACAGGCGGCUAUCUAUUAAAUCAUACGGACUUAGUUCGAUUACCUUUUUCAGCUCGAGAACAAGAUUCCCGUCUUCGAUCUCUAGCGAUAGAAAAAAUUGGUGGUGUACUUGAUUCAGUUAAUGUAUUAAAUAGUUGUCCAUGGAAAAUUAAUAAAAAUGUUCUUGAUCUACUAAUUGAUAUUUUUCAACGUGGUGGUAGUCGUCAAUUAUCUGUACCUGUUUCAGUUGACAAUACUAACGUUGUUGAACCACUUCCAAUUGAAAAAGGUUUAUCCGUUGAUGAACGAAAACGAAGAGAAAUGGCAAUAGCUUAUGCAAAAAAGAUGAAAUCUGAAAUGUUUUCUUUAUGGUGCUAUGAACUUUAUCGUUUAUCAAUUGCUAAUCAUUUUCGUGAUGAAAUCUUUUGGUUUCCGCAUAAUCUUGAUUUUCGUGGUCGUGUGUAUCCAGUUCCACCACAUUUCAAUCAUUUAGGCAGUGAUGUUGCACGUAGUAUUAUUUUAUUCGCUGAAGGCAAACCAUUAGGUCCUGAUGGUCUUCGACGUUUAAAAAUUCAUUUAGUUAAUUUAACUGAUUUAAAGAAAAAAUCAUCUAUUGAUGAACGUGCAAAUUAUGCUGAUGAAAUUAUGGAUGAUAUACUCGAUUCAGCUGAUCGACCUUUAGAUGGUCGUCAAUGGUGGGCAAAAUCCGAAGAACCAUGGCAAACACUUGCUUGUUGUAUGGAAAUAGCACGUGCAUUACGUUCGCCAGAUCAUACAAAAUAUAUUUCUCAUUUUCCUGUUCAUCAAGAUGGUUCAUGUAAUGUUUUACAACAUUAUGCAGCCAUGGGUCUUGAUGAUAAAGGUGCAGCAUCAGUCAAUCUUAAACCAAGUGAUUUACCACAAGAUGUUUAUAGUGUUGUUGUUGAUAAAGUUGAACAAGAACGUAAACAAGAUGCUGAUAAUGGCGUUCAAAUAGCUAAAAUUCUUGACGGUUUUGUUAAACGUAAAGUUAUUAAACAAACAAUAAUGACAACAAAUUAUGGUGUAACAUUAUUUGGUGCUAAACAACAAAUAAGUCGACAAUUACGUGAUAUUGAUCUAUUUCCAAAUGAAUUCGUUCCAGAAGCAAGUAAUUAUUUAGCACAAAAAACAUUUCUUAGUUUACGAGAAUUAUUUCGAGAAACAAGAAAAAUUCAGGAUUGGUUUACGGAUUGUGCUGGAUUAAUUUCACGCAUACGUGGUUCAGCUGUAGAAUGGAAUACACCGUUGAAUCUACCUAUUGUUCAACCAUACUAUCGAGAAAUUAAAAUACGACAAAAAGGCAAAGAUAUUUAUGACAAUUUCAGUAGUUUUGCUCGUCCAAAUCAUAUCAAACAAAAGAAUGCAUUUCCGCCGAAUUUUGUUCAUUCUCUUGAUUCAUGUCAUAUGAUGAUGACAGCAUUACAAUGUGCACGAAAUGGUAUUACAUUUGUUUCUGUUCAUGAUUCGUUUUGGACACAUGCAUGUGAUGUUGAUCGAUUAAAUCAUUUUUGUCGAGAACAAUUCGUUUCAUUACAUAAAGAACCAUUACUUGAAAUACUUUCACGAGAUUUUCUUUCGAAAUAUGAAUUUAAAUCCAGUGAAUAUGCUCGUGUUGAUGAUAGUCAAAAACAAACAAUGAAACUACUAAAUGAUACACUUCGACGUGUACCACAACGUGGCACAUUUCAGUUAAAUAGUGUACUUGAUUCGACUUAUUUUUUCAGUUAA